UCAGUCUGGUCAGUGUGUGCUGAUUUCCCAGCAGUCUUUGGAGACGAGUCGUCAGGUUUCGGGCCGGUGUUUGAGGAGCAGCCUGUCGACACCAUUUACCCUGAAGAGUCUCCAGAGGACAAGAUCAUCAUGAACUGCAGGACACGAGCAAACCCACCGGCCACAUACAGGUGGAGGCUGGACAACACAGAAAUCGUUAUUGGAAAUGACGAUCACUACAGCCUGAUGGGAGGAAACCUCGUCAUCAGCUUCCCCGACAAGAGCAAGCAUGCUGGGAACUACUCGUGUCUGGCCAGCAAUGAGUACGGGACGCUUGUCAGUCAGAAGGCCUCUGUUCAGUUCGGAUACUUGGACAUGUUUUCCUCAGACGAGCGGCAGGCGGUCUAUGUGAAGGAGGGGCAGGGGGCGGUGCUUCUGUGUGCUCCGCCUCCACACUUCCCAGAGGAUCUGUCCUUCCGCUGGAUGCUCAAUGAGUUUCCGGAAUUCAUUCUUCUGGACAAGCGGCGCUUCGUGUCUCAGACCACCGGGAACCUCUACAUCUCCACCGUACGAGCGUCAGACAGCGGGAACUACUCCUGCUUCGUCUCCAGUCCGUCCAUCGCCAAGAGCGUCUUCAGCAAGUUCAUCCCGCUGGUGCCCAUCGCCGAGCGUUCUCUGAGGAAAUAUCCCGCUGAUAUCAAAGUCAAAUCUGCAGACACGUACACGCUGCUGGGGCAGAACGUCACGCUGGAGUGCUUCGCGCUGGGAAACUGCAAAGUGUCUCUCUCCUCAGACGCCACGAAGAUCACUCUGGCUCCGUCUAACGCUGACAUCAGUGUGGGCGAGAGCACCAGGAUGGAGUGCGCUGCGUCACAUGACCCCAGCCUCGACCUCACCUUCAUCUGGUCCCUCGACGCACGCGCCAUCGACUUCGACCAAGACAGAGAGCAUUACGAGCGCAAAACGGCCGGGACGUCCAGCUCAGAGCUGUUGAUCAGUAACACACAGCUGAGACACGCGGGACGUUACAGCUGUACAGCGCAGACGCCGGUGGACAACGUCACGGUCUCCGCGGAGCUGGUGGUCAGAGGUCCCCCAGGUCCUCCUGGAGGUGUGCGAGUGGACGGGGUGAUGACCAGCAGCGUGAGGGUGACCUGGAGUCACGGGACGGAUAACUUGAGUCCCAUCUCCAAAUACAGCGUCCAGUACAGAGACGUGCGAGCGCAGCAGGACUGGAGAGACGCCUCCACCUCUCCAGUGAAUGUGGAGGGAAAUGCAGAAAUGUCCUCCGUGAUCAAUCUGACGCCCUGGACGGAGUAUGAGUUCAGGGUCAUCGCCACCAACACGCUGGGCACCGGACCCCCGAGCGACCCCUCGCCCACAAUCACCACCAGAGAAGCCAGGCCUGUUGUGGCUCCGUCAGAGAUCGGUGGAGGAGGAGGAACCAGCCGUGAGCUCACCAUCACAUGGACGCCGGUCCAGCCGCAGUACUACUACGGCAGUAAUUUUGGCUACAUCAUCGCCUUCAAGCCUCAUAAGGAAUGGGUGAUUAUUGAGUCAAUGAGAAUGUGUGCUUAA